UCAUAAAAAUAAACUCUUGUGAAAAGUUAGACUAGUCAUGGCUGCUGCUCAACCCGGAACAUCAUCUUCGGCACAGGCAUCAGACAAUCGUAUCUUCCUAUUCCGCCUACAAAUGCUAAUUAUAGAUGGCGGACUUGCAGUUUUAAGAAAUUAUGUAGAUCAGGAACUUUCAGCUCAAUCUAUUACUCUCAGCGGUUGUCUUGCGAAAGAAAAGACCACAAUCAAACUUUUAAAGGGACGUGGGAUAAUAACACAGGUGCAAUAUGAUGUAUUGUAUCCAUCAAGUGGCACUAUUUCAACGUCAGAUUUGGACAUCACACUUAUCAUUUGCCUCAUGAGAAGUCUAAAAUGUUUCAAAUUAAAUAAAAACUUUAAUUGGAACAUUUCACCAGGACAAAGUGAUACUUCCAUCGAAGCAGACAUAUGUAGACUGAAGAAUUACAGGAACGAAAUUUGUCAUAUAUCGACCACUACAGGGAUACAAUAUAACGAUUUUAGUACCAAGUGGAAAGAAAUCGAACAGAUUCUCCUUAGAUUUGAUAAGGUGUAUCCCAUCAAAGACUUUCACCAGACGAUUACUGACUUUGAAUACAGCCCUCUUGAUCCACAAACAGAACAGAGGGUAACAGAUGAAAUUGAAAAAUGGGAAAAACACGAUAAAGCAGUAGAAGCUGAAAUAGAGCUUCUAAAAGCUGGUCAUAAAAAGACAAAUGAAGACUUAAAUACUGUUAAAACUAAAAUAGAUGAAAUAGAAGAACGACUGCCAGCACAACACACGUCUUCAAAUAUGCAAGAUGAAAAAAGGCAGGAAAACAGAAGGAAGGGGAAUCGUUUUCAAAGGUUUUUUGAGAGGAGACGUUAUCGCCAUAAGAAAAAAA